CGUGCGGCAGCAAGAUGGCGGCGGCGGCGGCGGCGGCGGGCGGCAGGAAGAGGAAAGCGCCGCGCGGCACGUUCCUGGCUGUGGCAGGGCGGCGGUGGCGGCGGCGGCCGUCGCCGCGGCGACAGCGGGCUGCGGCGUUGGGCGGGGAGAGCAAGGCGCGUCCGGCAGCCGGCUGGCACCGCAACGAGGAGGUCUCCAGCGACUCCGAGGGGGAGAGCCCGGCGGCGGGCGGGCGCCGGCCGGAGGCGGCGGCAGCGGAGGAGGAGGAGGUGGAGGAGACCCCGCAAGAGAAGAAGCUGCGGCUCGCGAAGCUGUAUUUGGAGCAGCUGCGCCGUCACGAGGAGGAGAGAGCAGAGGAAGAGGCCUUUGCAGAGGAUCUUAUUGGCGACCGCCUAAAGGAAGAUGUGCUUGAGCAGAAGGGCCGAUUACAGCGGCAAGUUGCCAAAGAUGUGCAGCCUCCAGAUCCGGCGAGCAUCCGAGUGUUGCGGGGGCACCAGCUGCCCAUCACCUGCCUUGUCAUUUCUCCAGAUGACAGGUUCAUCUUUUCAGCUGCCAAGGAUGGCUUCAUCAUUAAAUGGGAGGUGGAGAGUGGGAAGAAGCUGUGCGUGGUGCCUGGAAGGAAGAAAGGCACUGAAGAGCAGCAGGUGGGGCACACAGCUCACAUCCUCUGCAUGGCUAUCUCAUCAGACAGCAAGUACCUGGCAACUGGAGACAGGAACAAACUGAUAAUGAUCUGGGAGGCAGCCACCUGCAAACACCUGUACAAGUUCACUGGUCAUCGUGAUGCCGUGUCGGGCCUGUCCUUCCAGAAGGGUACACACCAGCUGUACAGUGCUUCCCACGACCGCUCUGUCAAGGUCUGGAACGUGGCGGAGAAUGCAUACGUAGAAACUCUAUUUGGGCACCAGGACAUCAUCACAGGGCUAGAUGGCCUGAGCCGGGAGUGCUGUGUGACAUCAGGGGGACGAGAUGGCACAGUGCGGGUCUGGAAGAUCCCUGAGGAGUCACAGCUCGUGUUUUACGGGCACCAGGGCUCUAUUGACUGUAUUCAGCUCAUCAAUGAGGAGCACAUGGUGUCAGGUGCAGAUGAUGGGUCCAUCGCUCUGUGGGGGCUGACAAAGAAAAAGCCACUGACGCUAGUGAAGCAGGCUCAUGGCACAUUUGGCUCCCACGGCCUGCAGCAGCCAUACUGGAUCUCAGCGGUGGCUGCCCUGCACAACAGUGACCUUGUUGCCACAGGCUCACACAGUGCCAGCGUGAGGCUGUGGAAAUGCGGCGAGGGAUUUCGGAAACUGGAGCCUCUGUUUGAUGUUCCAAUGGUUGGCUUCGUCAACAGCCUGAAGUUCUCAGCAGCAGGUGACUUCCUGGUGGCUGGCCUUGGGCAGGAGCACCGGCUGGGUCGGUGGUGGAGAAUCAAAGAAGCCAAAAACAGUAUCUGCAUCAUCCCCCUGAAGCAGAGGGCGGGAACAGCUGACAGCUCCUCCCCCGCUUCCUCACUGUCUGCCAACCCUGUCCCCUGAUUCAUUAAAGCCUCUGUUGUUCAUAGA